CUCGGUUGUUAUUAAUUUUCCUUCACUCAUCGCGAAGUUUUCACGAAGGACCGAACCUCCGCAUCACAUCAAAUCCCAGUCAGCAUCACGAACGCCGUGAACAGCUUCACAAUGGAGCCUCCCGUGACGCCACCGCGAAAGACCCAAUCCUCACUUCGGCAGGCGCAUCGGCACCAUGAAGACAGCAGAAGUUAUGCCUCUCCACAUAAGACGCCAAUGUUGAAAUCAGAGCCUCUAACACCAACGGCAAAUACCUCAAGGAAAAGUGGGAGAGAUACCUGGGCUCCGGCGACGCCGACAUCACUUCCCAAGCGCAAAAGACACGAGGGUGCUGCAGGACUAUCGGCUGAGCGGGCAGGAGGGGAUGGAGAUGAUAUAUUCGAGGAUAACGGACCAGUGAGAACGGAGGCGGAGAUUUUUCAUGAAAUCGCAGCAGUCGAGCCUCUUGCUACUGGAGAUUCUACCGCCAAUGAAAAGCAAUAUAUUGCAAUAGCGACAUACUGGGACGAAGACAUCAUUGGGCGGAUAUCGACAUGCGUGUUCCAUCCAGAUUGUGAUCCAGGGAAACGAUUCAGGCUUCUGUUUGCGGGUGACGAACAUCCGGCCGUCAAGGGUCGUAAGGGAAUUUGGGUUGUCGAGAGGCGAAGAUGGGAGACUGCAUAUAUGGAAGAUUUGUGCUCUGAGGAGUAUGAAGGAGGAAGCGAAGCCGAAGAAGGCGAACAAGAGAGUACAGCUGAAGAGCCCAUCCACUCCGGGGACCAGGAUCACGGCGGCCCCGAAGAAGUCCUGGAAGAUGUGCAAGAGGGCCAGAGAAUAUCUUCGAGGGAAGAAGAGCUUCACCUUACGGCCGAGAGUGGCUCGGACUUGUUUAUUGCCGUCUCGAUGAUGGAGAGGAGGCAAAAACGCUGCAGGAAAACCCUGAAAUUCUGCGCUUUGCAUCCAACUUAUUCUCAAGACCCCCUCCUGAGUAUCUGACUCUUGGUCACGCGCAAACAGCUGUCGUAUACCGGCCAGUGGCAGUUAUUCCUGUUCUAGGGGCACUGCAGAAGACUGUGGGAUUUCUAGAUCGGACUGUGUUUUCCCUAAGGCGGGUUUUUACUCGAAGUGGCUGGAGGGGUGAGGAAAUCGCAGAUGCGGACAUAUCGUGGCUACAGGACGCAUUUUCGACAAACAAAGAGGCA